GCGGAACUACUUCCGCCGAGCGAUGCGCGGCCGAUCCCUGUGAGUGCAGGCCCGGUUGGGAGCGGUCGAUCUGUGCGCCAAGCGGGGACGGGGGUCCCUGGGCCAUGGUGUGUACAGCAGCCCGGGGCCUGAGCGCGGCCACUCUCUGAGCUCGGCUUUGGCGCCGCCACAAGCAGAAAGCAUUAUGAAGAAGCAGUUCAAUCGGAUGCGGCAGCUGGCAAACCAGACCGUGGGCAGAGCUGAGAAGACGGAGGUACUUAGCGAUGACCUGCUGCAGAUUGAGAAGCGCAUGGAUACCAUCAGGAUUAUUUCCCAUAAUAUUCAUAAAAGACUGUCUGCAUGUUUGCAAGUUCAGCAGGGCACCGAUGUGGACAAACGAUGUAAAAAGUUGCCACUGAUGGCUCUCUCCCAAAGCAUGCAAGAAGGACUCUCCAGCUUGGGGGAUGACUCGCUAAUUACAAAAUUACUGGAAACAUGUAGUGAAGCAGAGAAUAAACUGGCACAUGAACUUGCCUCCUAUGAGUCACAAAUUGAGAAAGAUAUCCUUGACCCUUUCAGCAACCUGUCAGAGAUGGAGAUUCCCAACAUUCAAAAGCAGAGGAAACAGUUGGCUAAACUAGUACUAGACUGGGACUCGGCAAAAAUGCGGUAUAAUCAAGCACACAAGACCGCUUUUUCAGGAGCUAAUUUCCAGGCAAUAGCAGCAAAGGUUGAUUCCCUCCGGGAAGAAAUGGAUGAAGCUGGAAAUAAAGUGGAAUUGUGCAAGGAUCAACUUGCAGCUGAUAUGUACAACUUUAUUUCGAAAGAAGGUGAUUAUGCAAGGUAUUUGGUAAUGUUAUUAGAAGCACAAGCAGAUUACCAUAGAAAAUCACUAGCAGUCUUAGAGCGAGUCCUUCCUACGAUCCAGACCCAGCAAGAUACGUGGACUGAGAAGCCUGCAUUUGGAACUGCUCUGGAAGAACACCUCAAGCGUAGUGGUCGUGAGAUAGCUCUCCCAAUUGAGGCUUGUGUAAUGAUGCUGCUGGAAACUGGUAUGAAAGAGGAGGGCCUUUUCCGAAUUGCUGCUGGAGCAUCCAAGCUGAAAAAGCUAAAGGCUGCAUUGGAUUGCUCUACUUCCCAACUUGAGGAAUUCUAUUCUGACCCACAUGCUGUUGCAGGUGCCUUAAAGUCAUAUCUGAGAGAACUUCCAGAGCCUUUAAUGACAUUCCAGCUUUACGAUGAGUGGGUUCAGGCUGCAAGUGUGCCAGAACCAGACAAGAAACUGCAAGCCCUCUGGUUAACCUGCAGCAAGAUGCCAAAGUCCCACAGUUCCAACUUCAGGUAUCUUAUAAAGUUUCUCUCGAAACUUGCGCAAUAUAGUGAAAUGAACAAAAUGACUCCCAGCAACAUCGCGAUUGUGCUGGGACCUAACCUACUAUGGGCUAAGAACGAAGGGAUGCUUGCGGACCUAGCUGCUGCAACUUCAGUCCACAUGGUUACGAUCAUUGAGCCAAUUAUCCAGCAUGCUGACUGGUUCUUCCCAGAUGAUUUGGACUUCAAUGUAUCAGGCAUGUUUACACCAAUGACUCCUUACAAUCACCUUAAUAAUGUGCCUGUGUUUGUUAGUGACUGUGAUAGUUCCACACUGGAGAGAAAGAGACCUGUCAGUGUGACAGCUGUUGAAGAUGUAUCAAAAAGAGACAGCUUUGGUGUAAAGAUUAUUGAGAGUCAGUUGAAUCCUCGCAGAUCUGGCACUCUGACUAGGAAGCACACGUCCCCAACUGUACAGCCACCUCCACCUCCCCCUCCCACUGAGGCUGUACUUAUGAGUGAGCAGCAGCAGUCAGGUGUGAGCCCUGGCCCCUGUCCAGCUACUGUGUUGCCUCUUGCUGCUAGGGUGACAGAGCCUCACUUCCAGGAAACUGAUGAAACCAGUCUUUCAAAGUCCAAAGACCCUGCUGCCACUAUUCCACUUUCAAGAAAUGGUGCUGGCGGAGCCAGUGUUGUACAGAGUCCACCGCAACCCUCUGGCACAGGAGUCAGUCAACUCACUGCUGUGCCAGGGCCAGUUACAACUGGUCCCAGCCCACAUAUAACCAGAAGAGAUAUAUGGUGGUCUCAGAGGACUUACAGAUUGGUAAAAAUGCUCAAUUUAUUGGCCAAUCAGUUUCAUAUCUACCCAAAGGUAAUAUAUUACAGAUGCUGGAAAUCUGAAAUAGGAGCAGCAAAUGCUGCAGGUCAUUCACUAGAUCAGAAGUACCCUUGCAGCAUUUUUAGUCAAAUAGGAUGUGCUUGGUUGAACUUCUUUUGCCACACUUUUGUUGAUUCAGCAACAAAAAAGCCUGCUCCUGCUCCUCCAAAGCCUUCGAAUCCACCUCCUGGACAGCCUGUGGAUCAUGGAGCAAGCACACCUGUUAACCAAACAACAACACAUUCACCAAAACAGCCUAGCCAAGUUGCCAGUACAUCUCCAGGUCAAUCUGGAAACCAGAGUUCUGUGCAAUCCCAUGGCCAGUCCUCUUCUCAACUCACAAUGCAGUCUCGUAAACAUUCUAGUAAUCAAAUGGUUAUUCAGGCUCCAAAUCAUCCCCCUCCUCAACCUCCAGUGCAGCCUAUCAAUCCUUAUCCUUGUAAGGCUUCUUCUGAGCAAGCAGCAGAACAGCCCUCCAGUACUCCCCCAGACACACCAACUCCCCCGAGCACACCUCCAUUAGGGACACAUGGUGCAGGCUUACAGCUAACUCAGCAUUUUACACAUGCCCAGAGCUUCCCAGCAAACCAGGACCUGCAGUCCCAAACCCCUCUGACACAGUUUGCCACUGUGCCGAGGGCACGGCCAGUACCAAAACCAAGAAAUCGUCCCAGUGUUCCACCACCACCACAGCCACCAGUGACAGCCGGUGCAACAAGUUCUUCCACUCCUACAGAGCCGGCAUUUUCUAACACCACUGCUACAGCUUCCAAAAUAGUUACUGAUUCCGAUUCAACUGUGAAAGAGCAGGACUGGAAGCACUCUAAACCAUCUGUGGAGUCAACGUCUGUGUCAGGAAGCAUGGAAAUGAAGAAGUGUGAGCAGCAGGACGUUGAUAAUGACUCAGAGAGCACUGCUUUGUGAAAGGUUGCUGCACAGCACCAUUUACACCACUGAACUAUAUUCUUCAAGGCUUGAUUCUGCUGCUGUUCUACGUUGCUGCACCUCCAAAAUGCAAAGUAAACUCGGUUAUUUUCAACUAGAUAUACUCGUGUUGUAUGGAAUCAGACUCAAAGGGCUCAUCAAUACCACUGCUAUGGUUCCUCUACUGCUGCAAUAGUUGGUAUUCAGGAGACCAUUCUGACAGACAUUCUCUCCUUGUGGGAAACCGAGGUUGCAUGAUAAGCAAUGGCCCUGCAGGAAUUUGACUGGAUUAGUAGCCACUCAUAGGUUGCAGUCCUAUUAACAGUGCCUUGUGCAAUUUUCUUCAGGCUUCUUGAUGGAAGCUUGUUGUGGUCUUAUUUUUUUAAUUGUACUUAAAACAGUGUCCAGAUUUUGUACAAGAUUAUUACAUGAGAUUGGUACUGUGCUGAGAUUUAGUCCACUCAAUCUGUACAUUUGUAUUUAUCCUUAGUGCGAAUUAAUGCUUAAACCAACUGUACUAGGUUUUUUCCUACUGUUUAACAGAAGUGCACUUCCUGCCAUAAAAGUCCUGUUUUGCAAACGAGGCAAUUUUAUAACUGAUUAAAAAUGAACAAAUAAUUAAGUUUAAGAUUGAGUUCAUCAGUUUGAACAUUUGUUUUGAAUUAUAAACAUAAAUGCAAUGUGGAAAAUGCACGCAAGUUGCAUUCAUGUAUUAAAAAAUAUAAAAUCAACA